AACUGAAGGUAAAGCGAGCCCCUCCACUUGGUUGACAAAUAGGCGCUUAGCACUGUCACGUUUGAAUUUCAAAUAACGGAAACACUAUUUGUCGACAAUCAAAUUACGAGCACAUCCCGCCUCGGAUCUUAAACAGAGAUUCCAUUAACGCCAACGCCUUGAAUACAGCCCCACACCAGCCAGCUCCCACUGACAUUACAUGAAGUUAAGCAAUCAGACCGCUAUAUCUUAUAUAAACGGGCUCUGUCUAUUCCCUGGAACUUGGCAUACCACUCGUUCUAUAGCAAAUGGUAAUGAGCCUUCGAGUUUCAGAGCUGCAAGUCUUGUUGGGUUUUGCUGGGCGGAAUAAGCACGGGCGUAAACACGAACUUUUGACCAAAGCGCUGCACCUAGUAAAGGCUGGUUGCAGCCCCGCCAUGCAGAUGAAGAUUAAAGAGCUAUACAGACGGCGAUUCCCAACUAAGAUGGUUUCGCCGGUGGACCUUGCAAUGCCCGGCGUCCAUUCUGCCUCCAGCCUUCCCGCGGGCCUCUUUGACAGCCAUGGUUCUCCUUCGCCGCUGUUGCCUGUUUCACUGCUCGGGCCCAAGCACGAGCUCAGUCUGCCUCACCUGCCCUCCACCCUGCACCCCGUUCACCCCGACGUCAAACUUCAGAGAUUGCCGUUUUACGACGUGCUUGACGAGCUUAUAAAACCCACCAGUCUGACCUCCGACAACAGUCAGCGGUUCCAGGAAGCUUGUUAUGCCUUCGCUUUAACACCACUACAAGUUCAACAGAUCAGCAGCUCCAUGGACAUAUCGGGGACCAAAUGUGACUUUGCUGUUCAAGUCCAAUUAAGGUUUUGUCUAUCAGAGACAAGCUGUCCCCAAGAAGAUCAUUUCCCUCCAAAUCUGUGUGUGAAGGUGAACGGAAAGCCCUGCAAUCUCCCUGGAUAUCUUCCUCCCACCAAAAAUGGAGUUGAACCAAAAAGACCGAGUCGCCCCAUAAACAUAACCUCCCUUGUGCGACUGUCCACAACAGUCCCCAACACAAUUGUUGUGUCAUGGACUUCAGAAAUUGGGAGGAGUUUUUCCAUGGCUGUUUAUUUGGUAAUGCAGCAGUCCUCUGCGGUGUUGUUGCAAAGACUACGAGCCAGAGGAAUUAGGAACCCCGACCACUCGCGAGCUCUGAUCAAAGAGAAAUUGACAGCUGAUCCAGAGAGCGAGAUUGCCACCACCAGUCUACGAGUGUCUCUUCUGUGUCCUCUUGGAAAAAUGAGGCUGACAAUCGCGUGUCGAGCAUUAACAUGCUCCCACCUCCAGUGCUUUGAUGCUACGCUUUAUAUCCAAAUGAAUGAGAAGAAGCCCACAUGGGUGUGUCCAGUGUGUGACAAGAAGGCGCCAUACGAGCAUCUCAUUAUUGAUGGGUUGUUCAUGGAAAUCCUGAACAGCUGUUCUGACUGUGAUGAAAUCCAGUUUAAAGAGGACGGAAGUUGGGCACCCAUGAGGUCAAAAAAAGAAGUGCAGGAGGUGUCAGCCUCCUACUACGGAGUAGACAGCGAUGUGCCUAAAAUGGAAAACCACGAGCAGAAACGGGGGUCAGCCGUUGAGAACAGUAAGAAAGUGGACGUGAUUGACCUGACACUGGACAGCUCGUCGGAAGAUGAGCCGGACGAUGAGCCACCUCUUAAAAGGAGCUGUCCAUCACUGUCGCCUAUCUCUCCACCUCCAACUAAGGGAGUACUUAACCUUCACAACCAGACGUCACCAGUGACAAGAGCUCCCAGCAUGCCCCCUUUAGAGACCAGCUACAUUCCUCCACCGCCGCCACUUAUUCAGGACUACCGCCACUUUUAUCACUCAGCUAGUGAGCUGCCAGCGCAACAGGAAGGGGCGUAUGAUAAAGCUGGAGUCUUUGAAUAUCUAAAUUUCUUCUCCUUCCUCCAAGGCGACAAUCAGCAUUACAAUAUGGUGAUGGCUGCUGCGGCGGCCACGUCGGCCUCGGACGACUCGGACCUGCUCCUCAACCGCUACCUACCCUACGGUUCGUCCCCCAUGUUGCGGGAGCCGCCGGGCACCCCGGGCAGCAGCACGCUGGUAGCCACCAACGGAGGCAGCAACAGUGGCAGCACUAGCAGUUUAGUGUCUUCCAGCAGUCUGCGAGACAAAGACCGAGAGCGCGACAGAGACAGCCACACCAUCUCAGGAUUGUCGAGAUCCUCGGUGGAGGCGGCAGCCAUUUAUGGAUCGAUAUCUGACGUCAUCUCUCUGGAUUAGAUUCUCACAAAACUGAUGCACAAGGGAGACAUUGAGACAAGAUCUUUGUAAAUACAGAAGAGAGAGAUGAAAGAAUAAUGUACUAUGUACAGAGAGGAAAAUCUAUUUUCAAUUUAAUUAUCAUGUGUAUAUGAACUUAGGACACUUCCUGUCCGGUGAGUUGCUUCAGUUCAAUAUUUUCUGUGAAUACUGAAGACUUUUUCACACCUCUUCAUGUGGUCCUUUGAUUAUAUUGUACCUUUUGUACUUGGUUUUUACAGUUUUGUUUUCGAUAUUUCAUGUCAAUGGCAUUAGUUUAUUAUAUUAUGUGCACAGAACCUUCAUGAGGUGAGACCUUAUGGAACAAUAUUCAGUAUAAAAAUAAAAUGGGCAUUGUCAUAGAUGUUCAUUCACAUGGCGAGUCAGCAAAUGAGGAAAAAGGGUAACUUUUUCUAAAUUGCACAGUUCUGUUUAAAAAAAAAAAAAAAAAAACAGACAGCAGAAAGUGUUUUGCCAUCACUGUAGACAUUCAUGCCGUGGUCACAUUAUUUUAAGACUUAUUUAUGAUAUAAGUUAUGUUGGAUGUAUACUGUUGUUGGUUUUUAAAAGCAUUCCCUACGCCUCGAACUGUUGCCACUAGAAAUGCAAAGCAGAUCCUCCUGUCAUCACUUUCCUCUUUGCUUGCUAUUUUAAGUCAGAUCAAGCAGAUUCUUAUCCAGCAUAAAUUGAAGCUAAGUAUAUAUAGUCAGUAUUGUAGGAAAAUUCUUCCUCGAUGUGUGAAUGAAUGUGUUUGAGCCGGUAAGUGUCACCAUGGUAGUCUGAUAGAAAAUGGAAAUUUAGCGUUUCUUUUCCUCCUUACAGUGCUGCUUUUAUUUAGUUUUAGAUCAAUGUCAGGGAAGUAGAAAGACUCACCACUUCCCUUUCAGCUUGAAUACAACAAAUGGAUGUGACACUUGUUGUUUUAUUUGAGCACUUGCUUUCUUUCUCCAUUCAGGCUCUGCACAGAAGUCAAGCAUUGACCAGUAGCAACCACUUUGAGAGCAGUUUGUGUCUCUGAAAAUGAAAAUUCUCCCAAAGAUCAUCCAUUAAAUGGCUAUUCCUCUGCUCUGUGAAGCCAUACGUUAUUUAGUGUUAUCUUUUUCAACUUACAAGAUAUUUGGUGACAGCUUUAUCUUCAAGACACCUUUUAGCCCAACUAUCGAAGUCAACAUGGACACCAUGUUUUUAUUCUCGACUUAUGCUUACUAUUAUUUAUUUUCAUAUAUUUUCAGCAUUUGUUUGAUUUGUGGCUAUGCAUUGCUGUCGUAUGUGAGAUUUCUUUUAUAAUGAAAUUAUUAAUGCUAUUUAAAAAAUGUCAUUGUUGCUUGACAUGCAUUGUAACAUUUCCCGUUUCUCUGUCCGUUUUACCUUUCAGAUGAUGUCAAUAACUUAAUAGAGGCUUUGACCAUUUUGAACCGCUAAGAGGUCUACUGUGCUGUUUGAUAUUUAUAAGAAUUAAACAGGAAAAUGUG